AUGUCCGGGUCGGUACCGUUCUACCGCAAGCACCAACGCAGCUUGAACCGGGACUACCGGUAUCAGUCGGGCAGCGGGUACUCCGCUGGGACCAGCGGGACCACCAGAACCAGGGGCCUCGAUUGGUCCUCACAAUCCACAUUGGACCCACUGCCCAAGAGAACCAAGCCCUCCUAUCUGGCCGUGGACAGAGACAACCAAAUCAUUGGCUACGUGGUGCCCAUCUUCAGGAACAGUCAAGAGUUUGCGGCGGGAUAUUCAGAAAAGUCGAAACUGCGAAAUACAGCUGCCUACAUGGAAAGCCGCGAUACGUUCACCAGCGGCCUGGAGAUGGAACGGUCGGAGCAGAUCUCUAGGAAGGAAACCAUGCGCGAGUCGGCCACGCGGAUCUCCUUCAAUAAAACGAUCCACGAGCACGAGGAGCACUUCAAGCGCAUGAACGAAGAUGGCCUGAUGCACGCCCCGGAGUUUGUCAUUAAGCCUCGCUCGCACACCGUUUGGGAGAAGCAAUGCGUUAGGCUGCACUGUACCAUCAAUGGCUGGCCAGACCCCCGGGUUGUCUGGUACAAAAAUAAUGUGGCCAUCGACCCCCUUGCCAACGUCGGGAAGUACAAAAUUGAGAGCAAAUACAGUGUGCAUUCACUGGAGAUCAACAGGUGCGAUUUUGAGGACACAGCCCAGUAUCGUGUCUCAGCCAUGAAUGUCAAGGGGGAGGUGUCUGCCUAUGCCUCAGUUGUUGUAAAAAGGUUUAAAGGCGAAGUUGACGAGUUCCUGCCUGCGCCAAGACGGAGCGGUGUAAAAGAUGGCCCGGUGUCCGAAUACGGCAUCACCUUCCAGACCCACAUCGUCGACAAUUUUGGCGUGUCCUUCGGCAGGGAGGGCGAGACCAUGAGCUUGGGGUGCACGGUCAUCAUCUACCCGACCUUGCACCGCUACCAGCCUGACGUGCAGUGGUUCAGAGAUGGCAUUCUCCUGUCCCCGUCCAAGUGGAACCACAUGCACUGGAGCGGAGACCGUGCUACGUUGACUCUCACGCACCUAAACAAAGAGGACGAAGGGCUCUACACCCUGCGCGUUAGCACCAAGUCGGGAUACAAAACCUACUCCGCCUAUGUCUUUGUGAGAGAUGCUGAUGCUGAGGUGGAAGGAGCACCGGGGGCCCCCUUGGAUGUAUGCUGUCUCGACGCCAACAAGGACUACAUCAUUGUCUCCUGGAAGCAGCCAGCGGUGGACGGUGGCAACUCCAUCUUGGGUUACUUUGUGGACAGGUGUGAGGUGGGGACAACCCACUGGAUCCAAUGCAACGACACUCCUGUCAAGUUUGCCCGAUUCCCUGUCACCGGAUUGGUCGAAGGUCGCUCUUAUACCUUCCGAGUACGUGCCGUCAACAAGUGUGGCAUGAGCCGUCCUUCCAGAGUGUCCGAACCAGUGGCUGCCAUGGACCCGGCUGACCGCGCCCGCAUGAGAGGUACCUCUGCUCCUUGGACUGGUCAGAUCAUCGUCACAGAGGAGGAACCUGCAGAGGGUAUCGUUCCUGGUAGACCUCGUGAACUGCAAGUGACAGAAGCAACUAAGAACUACUUGGUCCUAAGCUGGAAACCACCUUGCGAGAAAGGCCUGGAAGGUGUCAUGUACUAUGUGGAGAAGUGUGUUUCGGGUACAGACAGCUGGCAGAGAGUGAAUACAGAGAUCCCUGUUAAAUCGCCUCGUUUCGCACUGUUUGACCUGGCUGAAGGAAAUUCCUACUGCUUCCGUGUCCGAUGCUGCAACGCCGCUGGUGUCGGUGAGCCAUCUGAUCCCACUGAGGCUACCACAGUUGGCGACAAGCUCGACACUCCAUCUGCUCCGAGCAAAGUUGUCCCAACAAGGAACACAGAUACAUCGGUGGUGGUAUCCUGGGAAGCGUCACGUGAUGCCAAAGAGUUGGUUGGCUAUUAUAUCGAGGCGAGCAUUUUUGGCAGCAAUGUCUGGGAGCCGUGCAACAACAAACCUGUCAACGUGACCAGGUUUAUCUGUCACGGUCUGAUGACUGGAGAGAAGUACGUGUUCAGAGUGCGGGCUGUGAACGCCGCAGGACUAAGUCAGUUCUCUCAGGAAUCGGAGCCUGUAGAGGUUAAAGCUGCAAUUGGGGGCGGCAUCCCUCACGGUGUGUUGCUGGAGACGGGAACAGGGGGUAACCAAGGCCAACUAACCGCGCACAGGCCACGCUGGAUGGGCACGCAUGACACUGUCCAGUUCCCCGCUGACACAAAUAGCAAAGCUCAGGCUGACCCAGAGCCCCCUGCAAAGGGUUCUGGGGCGGCGGUGGCUAAUUCUGACCCCCAAGGGUCUGACAGUUGUAGCAUGGGCCCGAUUGCGGUAAAAGAGCUGCCCUCCGAGCCUCCGCCAGCCUUGCUUUGUGAAGUAUUUACUGACGUAGCAGCAAACUUAGGCUCACCCCACCCCAAUGGGCCAGCUGAAAAGACAGCCCAGGGGGCCCCCGGGGCCACGCAGGCAUGUGAUUUGUCAGUAGAUGCUUCUGCUAAUCGGGAGGCGGACAGGCCGGACGCACAUGUUGAAGCAUCUCCUACGCCCCCAUUCGGCAUCAGUGUCUUGGAAUGCGUUCGCGACUCCAUGGUGCUAGCAUGGAAGCAGCCGACCUUCAUCGGAGGCGCCGAUAUCACCGGCUACUUUGUGGAUUACCGUGAAGUCGUCGACGGCGUGCCGGGAAAGUGGCACGAGGCUAACAUCAGGGCUGUUGCUGAGCGCGCCUACAGGGUAACUGACCUGAAGGAGAACAACAAGUACCAAUUCCAGGUUCGGGCAGCCAACAUGGCAGGAGUUGGAAUCCCGUCGCUUCCUAGUGAUACGUUUCUGUGCGAGGAGUGGACCAUUGCUGUUCCAGGACCUCCUCACGAUCUCCAACUGCGAGAGGUGCGAUCCGACUCCAUGGUGUUACUGUGGAAGACUCCGGUGUAUCAGGGCCGGGACCCUGUCAAUGGCUUCUACGUGGACGUUAAGGAGGCCGAAGCCCCAGAGGAAGCCUGGAGAGGACUUAACACCAAGCCUACGCAGAACACCUUCUUCAAGGUGAAGAAUCUGAAGGAAAAUGAGUCAUACGUGUUCCGAGUGCGAGCUCAGAAUCAGGCUGGAGUGGGGAAAACCUCGGACAUCUCCGAGCCGGUCCAAGCAGUGACCAAGCCAGGCACCAAAGAGAUCGUAGUGGACGUAGAUGACGACGGCGUCAUCUCUCUCAACUUCGAAUGCGCCAACAUGACUCCCGACUCGAAAUUUGUGUGGUCUAAGAACUACGAGGACAUGGAUGAUUCGUCACGCUUGACCAUGGAGACCAAAGGGAACAAGUCCAAAAUCACUUUCAACUCACCUGGAGAGGAAGACAUCGGGAUUUAUUCCUGUCUGGUUACCCACACUGAUGGUACCUCAUCAAGUUAUGACAUCUCACCCGAAGAGUUGAAGAGGCUCCUGGAGAUCAGCCAUGAUCACAAGUUCCCCAAGAUUCCUCUCAAGUCCGAUUUAGCCGUGGAGAUGCUAGAAAAGGGCAGAGUUCGCUUCUGGCUGCAGGCUGAAAAAAUUUCAGCUAACGCCAACGUGGACUACGUGUUCAACGACAACGUGGUGUCUCAGGGCGAGAAAUACAAGAUGAACUUUGAUAAGAACACCGGAGUGGUUGAGAUGAUUAUGGAGUCUCUGAUGCCUGAGGAUGAAGGCACCUUCACCUUCCAGAUGCAAGAUGGAAAAGCCACCAAUCAGUCCAGCUUGGUUCUCAUAGGCGACGUGUUCAAGGAGCUUCAGAAAGAAUCCGAGUUCCAGAGGAAAGAAUGGUUCAGAAAACAAGGUCCUCACUUUAUUGAGUAUCUGAGCUACGAGGUGACUCCAGAAUGUUGCGUGGUCCUAAAAUGCAAGGUUGGAAACAUGAAGAAGGAAACCUCUGCACUGUGGUACAAGGAUGGACGGGAGAUCAAGGCGGAUGAAAAUCUGGGCUUUGCAGAGGGUGUCCUCAAACUAGAAAUCGCUCAGCCCGACCCGCCUGCCGUCUCUGCAAGCGACCAAAUCAGCAGGAUGCUUAAAAUUUCCAAGAAGGACGCCGGCGUGUACGAGAUGGUCCUGAAGGAUGAUCGAGGAAAAGAUACAUCCACGUUAGAUCUAACUGACCAAUGUUUCAAAGACCUGAUGAAUGAAGUCUUCAACUACAUCGCUAAUUCAUCCACACCGCUGAAGAUCACUAGCACAGAUCAAGGAAUUCGCAUCUACACCUUCGUCAGCUACUACAACGACCUUCUACCGGUCACAUGGCAUUACAAGGACUCUGCCAUCGCUUUCUCGGACCGUUUGAAGAGCGGCGUGGUGGGCGACCAGUUGUGGCUGCAGAUUAGCGAGCCCACCGAGAAGGACAUGGGCAAGUACGCCAUUGAGUUCAACAUCAACGACACCAGGGGCGGAUUGAAAAGGACCAUUGAGCUGUCGGGUCAAGCGUAUGAGGAUGCUUUGGCAGAAUUCAAGAGACUGAAGGCAGCUGCUGUUGCAGAAAAAAAUCGCGCUCGAGUGGCAGGAGGUCUUCCUGACGUGGUCACCAUCCAGGAGGGCAAGGCGCUCAACCUCACCUGCAACAUCUCAGGCGAUCCGCUGCCUCAGGUCACGUGGCUGAAGAACGACAAAGAGCUGACGUCGGACGAGCACUGCAUCCUACGCGUGGAGUCGGCCAAGUUCGCCAGCUUCACCAUCACGGCGGUCAGCACGGCCGACACGGGCAAAUACAGCAUCCUGGUGAAGAACAAGCAUGGCACCGAGAGUGCCGAAUUCACCCUUGACGUGGUAGAAGGAACGCCCGAUCUGGGCGUGACUUCUUACUGGACCGACGCUGAAGGUAACGUGGUGUUUGGUGCCAACACACCAAAGGAAAAGAUGAAAACGAGCGUUACUGGAAUAAGAAAAGAAUCCGUACCUUCAGUGGAGAAGAUGAACGACUUUACGGAGAACCCAGAAGAAAGCGAAAACACUGUUGAAGAGGAUAAUGAUGACCCAAUUGAAAUUGAACUAGAUAACAAAACAAAGUGA